AUGAAGUAUCUGGAUUUGAUAUUUACCAUAUCCAUUCUGCUCAUUCUAAGUGGUCAAGGUAGCCAUUCCUUGGAUGAUUUCGAGAGUGGACUAUGCCAAUGUGCAGCUUUCGAUUCCCCCGAAGGCGAAGCAGACAGAUCACCUCUUCUGUCCCAAUCGCCAGGAGUAAAAGUUCCUUGCAAUGAAGAAGGAGCGGCUUCCUGCAAGAAACUUUGCCUUGCACUGGCAAGAGCAGCAGGAGCUCGCGGGCCUGAAGUACUCUGCGAUGCUGUUUCUCAUCUGGACUCUGUCAAGGUGGCUAUAUUUAUAAGAACUUGCGAUGGUGACUGGACCUAUACUGGGGUUACAGCUCGCGACCCAAUUUGCUGCCAUGAUAACAAACCAUUGAUGUGUCCAGGCCAGACUUCUUAUCCAUCUGAUCCAGAGGGAUGUGAUUUUGACGAGCCCACAGCAUGCGAUCUUCAUUAG